GUUGUAGUAUGCUGCUAAAAUAACCGCACCCACCUGGCGUGCCAGCAGAGCUCUAUUAAUCUCACACUACCCGUCCUUUCCCGUAUUUGAGUAAAAGCAGGUUGAGCGAGUCAAAGUACAUGUCUAUUUUAAGAAAAGAUAAGCCACACCUACUGUACGCCUGUUUUAUGGUGGCGCAGCAACGACCUGGAUUUUGUGGUCGAGUAUGUUGUGAUUUGCAUUAUAAGGAGUUAUAUUUCCACGAUCAUCAGUUACAAACGUUCCUUGGUGAUGUCAUGAGUGUUGUGAAGUCCAGUCUGUCAGUUGGACAGGAGAAGAAGCUGCUGUCUCUGUUCGGUCAUGUCAGACUCCACCUGCUCUACAAAGCCAGUGUCCAUGGCUACAUGAAUAUAGCCUUCCACAGCCGCUGUGAUGGCCAGGGACCCACCGUACUUGUGGCCUACAACAAGGCUGGGUUUGUUUUCGGAGGUUACAUCAGUAAGGACUACGCCCAGACUGGACAGGUGAUCAACGAUGAUAAGGCCUUUCUCUACAGCAUCACUGACCAGAGAGAAAAGCCACUGCGUGUGUCCAGUACCAAUGGCCAGUAUGGUUUCACAGAUGGAGUCUAUGGUCUUAAUGUUGGUGCCAUGUGGUUUCUUAAUAAUAGCACCGCUACAGUUCAAAUUGUUGCAGGGAACUGCUACACCUUUGAAGCAGAAGAGAUGCAUGGCAAUGACCUGCAGCUGACAGAGUGUGAGGUGUACAGAGUGGAAGAGUGUGUAGGCCUUCUGGAGACUCCUUGGAGGAAAAUUGACUUGGAAGGAUAUGGCACCAAGGAACGCCUGAUGGACUAUAUCAAGAACUAUAAGCCUGAGGUAAAGUCUGUGGUCCAGGUCAGAGUUCUGCUGGUGGGUCCGGUCGGGGCCGGCAAGUCCAGCUUCUUCAACUCCAUCAACUCUGUCUUCAAAGGACAUGUUACCGGGCAGGCUAACACCGGCAGCGCUGGCACCAGCCUCACCACACAGUUCCGUACCUACAGCAUCAAGGCAGAGCAGGGUGGGAAGGCUCUCCCUCUGGUCCUGUGUGACACCAUGGGUCUGGAGGAAGGACCCAGCGCAGGGCUGGAUAUAGACGACAUCAACAGUAUCCUGAAGGGUCACGUACAGGACCGGUACCAGUUCAACCCGUCCAUGUCUGUCCAGACGGAUGGUGUUGGGUUCUGUAAGUCGCCCAGCCUGAAGGACACGAUCCACUGUGUGGUCUACGUACUGGAUGCCUGCAAGGUCACUCUGCUCUCUGCUAAAAUGGUGGACAAGCUCGCCGCCAUCCGCAAGGGGAUCAACAAGCUGGGUGUUGCCCAGCUGGUCCUGCUUACUAAGGUGGAUGAGGCCUGUCCUCUAGUGAGAGAAGACCUGACCAACAUCUACCUCAGCCACUACAUAGAGAGGAUGACCCGUGAGGUGAGUGUGUGUCUGGGUGUGUCCCAGUCCUGUGUCCUGCCAGUGAAGAACUACAGUCGUGAGUUUGAGCUGGACGUCCACACAGACAUCCUCCUGCUCACUGCCGUGGUCCAGAUGCUUCGCUACUCUAACAACUACUUUGAUGACAUCUAUCAGGAUGGAGAACAGUCUGAGUGACUAGGUGUGUGUGUGUGAUACUGAUCUGAAGUCAGUUUUGGGUUUACCUUCUAGUGGGUACGCUUAGGAUUAAGGGGAAUACACUGAUCCUGGAUGUGUUAAAAUAGCAACUUUUAGUUAUGGCUUUAUAAACAUUUUUAUCUUAAUUCUCUGAGGCGAUUCCAUUCUGACUUUUCCCAGUUACGAUUUACACUGAGUAUAGCAAACAUUAGGAACACCUUGCUAAUAUUGAUGUCGUUUGCGUGGAGGACUUUUCUUGAUACACACGGGAAACUGAGUGUGAAAAACGCAGCAGUGUUUCAGUUCUUGACACAAACCGGUGUACCUGCCACUUAGUACCAUACCCUGUUCAAAGGCACUUCAGUCUUUUGUCUUGCCCCUUCACAAUCUGAAUGGCUCACAUACACAAUACAUGUCUUAAGGUUUAACAAUCUAUCUUUAACCUGUGUCCUCCCCUUCAUCGGCAAAGAUUGAAGUGGAUUUAACAAGUGACAUCAAUAAGGGAUCAUGGCUUUCACCCGGCUUCACCUGGUCAGUCUGUCAUGGAAAGAGGUGUUCUUAAUGUUUUGUCCACUUAGUGUACUGUAUAUUGUAAUUAGAUACAAUAUGUGUAUGUCGUAUUGUAAGAUUGUCUACCAACACUUCUCUGUAGAGUCUGUACUGCUAUUGGUCAGAUAAGACAUUCAACUGUAUACUGCUCAUUGUACUUUGUUCAAUACAGUAUUUUCAUAUAAAAGAACUAAAUGCGGAAUAAAUAUCUGUUGCAUAUCUAG